AUGACCCCGAGUGGCGACCACUUUACCCAGGAAGUCAUUCGACUGCGAGCCAAUUACCAGGACAAGCGUCAGAGAUCCAACCUUUUCCCCCCUACGGGUCUACCUAUCCUAGACAUGGAGCUUGUACGAGGGGAAAGGCCGUCUAUGAGAUUCUGGUACGAUGAUGGCACCGAGGUUGGACGAUUCGUCCACCUCUUCGAUAUACCAGGAACGUUGUCUGGACAAAUUCUUCGCUUGGAGCGAAACUUACCUCCAGUUGGAGGUCAUUUCGAAAUUGAAGGCGACGUUCUUCGCAGUCUCGAAAAAUGCCCCAAUCCACCCCAACCUGUUCAAGAUGAUUUCGAGGAUACCGAAGAUCUCGUCAUGCAGCUACCACUUCUUCACGUCGACCCUUCCCAGCAUUUCGUCAAGGAGGCGAAAUAUAGGAGCGAGAUUGAGAACCUGUUAAUAUGUCAGGGCGGGUCGUGUCCUGGAUCGAUCCUUUCCAGGCACCUUUUAGCCACGAGAGCGUCCAUCUUACCGCGAUUUUCCUCCCUAGCAAUUUACAAGCGCUGGAUACUCCAUAUUAUCGACGGGCUGACUUGUCUCCACGAUUUCGGUAUCGUUCACCGGGAUCUUCGUAUCGAUAAUUGUCUCUUUGCGCAAGAUGGCAGCCGCCUAGUAGUCUGCGACCUCGAGAGUCGUUGGGGUCAACGGGCUGCUCCAGAAAUUGCAUUUAGGGGUGGACUAGGCUCCGGAUGGACUACUCGUUCUGACAUAUAUGAUAUCGGAAAUUGCAUCAAGUGCAUGGUAUAUGCUAAUGCGCCAAUUACAAAUCAGGUCGAGUGGCGAGUUCCGGAACCACUCCAAGCUAUUGUCGAAGCAUGCAUGCGCAAAGAGUCAAGUAAAAGGCCGACACUGCUUGCGCUGCGACAAAUGGUGGAGGCACUGCCUAUACAUGAUACCUGA